CAUUUGUCGCAUAUAAAUACUUGACAACUGGAGGGAAAAGAUAUUCUUUCAGCGAUUUUCACAGCGGCUACUACAGUCGCAAUUAACAUGAGUCGAUUUGGUGCUAUCGUGUUUGUUGCGGCAUUGGUGUUCUCGGUCAACUUGCAGAGAGCUGAAUCCUUCAGCCAUCACCGCAUUGGCAUCGACAAUAAAGAUUCUCACGAGCACUUAGACGAUAGCAAGGAACUACAAGAAACGAGUAUCGCCCUAAUUGACACCCAAUCUGACGAGCUGGUCGACUCCGAGGAGAAGAAAAUCGUGAAACGCCAUGUCCUUCUUCAACCAUCAACUGGCCAUUCGUCUGAAGAGGAAGAUGCAUCUACUGAUAGUAAAAACGAAUCAAUCGAGGAUAGCGUCGACUCAAAAGAAAUCAAGUUGGUUAAAAGAGAUGUCCAAUUUACUACGACAACUGAUGGCCACUCAUCCGAAGAAGAUGUAACAACUGUACCAACAAUUUCUCUGGAAGACCUAUCAGUGGAAGACGACGUUAACGACGCAGAAGACAAGAAGAAAGUGAAGCGGAAUGUUCAAGUGACAAGCAUCGACCACUCGUCCGAAGAGGAAAGAUAUGCGGCAAUAGUCGGUCAGAUGAAUCAAUCUGACGAGCACGAUUAUGACAACUCGGCAGAAUUGUUUAAGCGAGAAAUCCACCAACUUACGGCCGGGGAAUUGGAGAUGCUGUUUCAACUUUUCCAUUCGGAAGAAUACGCUGCAGCAAACGGGACUCUUAUUGGCAGCCAUUCAGACGAGCAUCAUGAUUAUUUUGGACCUAUUGAGAAAAGGCAAUCCGGGCUACUGGCAACAACAACUGGCGGACGCUCUUCAGAAGAAAUGGAUGAUAGAUUCGACCAUUCAUUUGAAAAUUCGAUGGAAGAUGUAUACUUGAGAGAUUGACGUCGGUCAAGUCAGCCGCCUGAUGAUUUGUUUUUGGUUAUUUCCCUUGUUAUACAUUCAUGCAAAUAAAGAUCUACGUUGUUUCAUA